CCGCCGAAUCCCUUUCAGGAUUUUCGCACGAGUGGGUAACGCCGACGUGUGUGCCACCGAGCACGUGGCUCGUGUCUUUUCUCAUACACAAAAAGAUCCGCGGGGGGUAGGGUACCACCUAGACGCAAGCCUGAAAGAGUGGUGGCACCCGAGGCCGGGAGCUUUUGCCCGGAACGGAGCCAUCCCGAGGUGGGAGAUGGAUAUAAGCCCAUCGUCCGGGAAUAAUGCUAUCAGUGACUUCGCGCCCGACGGUCUCGCAUACGGUAAACGUGCUGUGAGCGGAAACACACUGUGGAAGCAUCAUGCUGAAGGUACGAGGAGAGAAGACGGUCGCUUUCCUCUGCGCCGCGCUGGCGUGCAGCCACGCGGUGGUUCUCAGCGGUUACAACGGCGGCCAUGGCCUGUCCUACAACGAUUACGGGGAUCUCGACGGAUACAUCGGAUCCGCCGGAUACAAAGUUCUGCCGACGGUCGCGGUUCCGGUGCACGCGGUGUCCGCCGCGCCACUCCACGUGGACGCGUCCCUGGACCACGAGUUGCACAGCUACAACCACCACACCGAGCAGGACCACGACUACUACUCGCACCCGAGAUACACCUUCAAUUACGGCGUCCACGAUCCCCACACCGGUGACGUGAAGACCCAGCACGAGGUGCGGGACGGCGACGUCGUCCACGGGUCGUACAGCGUCAACGAGCCCGACGGGAGCGUGCGCAUUGUCGAGUACACGGCGGACGACCACAACGGGUUCAACGCCGUCGUGAAGAAAGUCGGGCCGGCGAUACACCCGAAACCGGUGCCGGUCGUCAAGUAUAUCUCGCCGGCGCACUUCAACAGCUACGACUACGAGAAGCAUUAUUAGCCCAGCCAUCGUGUAAAUAGCAACGAAUCGGGCGUUUCGCUAAGAGGCAUUAGUCGAUAAUCAGUUUGCUAGUCAAUGCGACAGCGAAAUUUUCAAGUUCGAUCGGGAUCCUCUCAGGCAGAUUCAAUUGAUCGUUGGCCGACGCGCGACAAGCGACAACAAAAUUGGGCUCAUUUCGCACCAAGAGUUUUCAUGUCGAAAAACAAUUAGGUUUUAGAAGGGUUUAGGAUUAUAUAUAUAUAUUUUUUUUUAAUAUAUACCGCGGUAAAAUAUAUAGUUUAUAAUUGAGUUCGUCGAGAAGUAUUGAUUUGGCCCCCUGACACGGUGCUCGUUAUAUUACUUUCUGCGAGUUGAAAUAAAAAGUGCUUUUAAAAGAAAUUAAAUAUCGCUCAUUUUCAGCAAAAGAAGUAAUAGACAUUACGACUAGAAUAGGCCGAUUUAUGAGCAAAAGCAAGAUCGUAAAGUAUGACAAAAGCGCUUAUUUCAUAAAAUGUAAUAAAAUAAAUACAUCAAUGUGAACGGUUGGACGUAACUUAGUCAUCCUCAGCACAAAUUGAUGGGAAACGAAAGAAAGUAUGAAAAAUAACGUAGAAGAAGUUUCCUAUUAUCAGAUAGAUUCUUAAUACGAGAUAGCGGAGUGUCUACUAAAUUCAUAGACAUCUUCGGUUGGUUCCAUUAUAAAUUUAUUGCCCUUAAUUGGGGUAAAAUUUGUUUAGCGGAAAAUUCAUUGCGAAAAUAAUCGUUGCGAAAAGAGACUUGUGAUUGAAUUUGGAUGUCGGAAACCUGCUAUUUCGUAUUAGAAGCCUCUUUCAUAAUAGGGGACUUUCCCUUAUUAACAUGAAAUGUGAUUAAAAUUGGCACACAGUUUGGUUGACUUAAUUGUAUACAGUAGAAUAAUACGCAAUUUAUAAGUGAAAUUAAAGUAAGCUUCUUUUAGUCAGGCGUUAAAAAGGGUGUAGCCGUGAUUCGACUUGAAGGCGUGAAUAUGUAAUUUCGCUAUAAAAUUAAAAUAUUUCACGAGAAAA